AUGGCUAUUAUAAUUCCGAGGACAGGGUCAUAUCUUACACUAUUUACCCGCUCUUUGUGCAGCAAUUUUCGUGGAUGCUCUUCCGUCAGCAAUACAUAUCUACCUGCUCCAAGAACUCAGAUUUAUUCCCAUUUUGAACAAGUGUCUCAAAUGUCAUCAGUUAUUGGCAAAUUUAUAACCUAUUCUGAAAAUGAGUUUUCCCUUUUCAUAGAACCAUUUCUCAAAGUCGAGUUAGUAGAAGAACUUAAAACCUUUGGUGACCUGUCACUUUUGAUUCGGAAACCAACAAUUAACAUGAUUAAGGACGUAAUUAACAUUCGAGAUUUACAGAAAGAAAGUUUCAAAAAGGAACCUGACUCCUCUAAAUCCGUCGCACUAGCUAAAUACUGUGUUCCACGCUUUGUACUUUAUGGCCAACCGGGGACUGGUGUUUCAGUCAUUUUGGGACAAAUUAUGUGUUUCGCCGGUAGAGAAAAAUGGCUUAUAUUUCCGUUCACGAGUUGUGAAAAUUUUCUGGAACCAUCAAAUGACAUUGCUCCUAGCAAUGAGUAUCACUAUAACCAACAUCGUGAGAAUUUUGCGGGUGAUGCUUUUGACUUCCCAGCUCGUUCUGCUGAAUGGCUUAAAGUCUUUUUACAACUUAACCGACCAUUGUUUGAAAAGGUAUCUGUCAUUUUAUUAUUCUAUCUCCCUGAUUUCCUCGGUUUUCAAAGUACUAUUGUUUGUGCCCUCAUGUUAAAAGUGUUUUCUGAAAAUUCCAUGGCAGUAUUAGGAUCUUGAUACCAUGAGUUUUUGGUUCAUCAAUCAUUGGUGACAAAUUAACAUAGAUGCACCUAAGAUUUGCGGAAAGUCUCCAGUACGGGACAAACAGAACUACUGAUUUCGGUUUUUAAAGGCGAGUGGCUGCUCUGUAACAAUGAUUUAUGAUCGUCCAUUUUUGUAGGUAUUUUACCAAAAUCUUGAGUGCUGUUAGAGAUGAAAGCGGUUUUCACUUCCUGGUUGAUCAUACCAUGGAAGGGUUCUUCUAGUGGUACCUGAGAAGGAAAUUGGUUUAGAGGUGGUCCUAGUGACCUGAGAGCGUGACCGUAGUGCCCAAGGGACAACUACUUAAGGUCGGUCACACUACCUUUUUACGGGUAGUUUUCGUGUUAGCUCCGUACUUGUCGAGACCUACCUCCGGAGACGGAUAUCCGUGGGAUAAGGCGAGUUGUGCAUUUUUAGGUCCUAAAGAAAGCAUCUUACUACCGUCACAUCUCUGCACAGCCAGCGGCACGACUUCACCCUCGGACCUUGGGUUUGCUGCUUUUAAUUUUACUGCUCUUCAACCGACCUCUCUGGCAUGGUAGGACCUUGAGGAACGAUUGUUCCAGCCAGUAUAGCACGACUUGUUCAUCACGAUAGGCAAGCCUGACCACCACGUCAAGGUAACCAAAAUGGCUGAAUAUAUUACUGUACUAUUAAUUUUACUUACUUUGAGAUUAUUUCUCGUACACUGUGUUUCAUAACCAGCGUGUGAUUACAUUUAUUUACUAUGACUUGUUUUCGCGUACAUCCGUGUUUAUCCAAAAUAGACUCGUUUGUACUGAUUUUUUCCCACGAAAACAUAUCUAAAUCACAUCCCUCGUCGUAAAUAGUUAGUAUCACAGGAUGUGAUAAAUACUUAUAAAAAGUGGUCUGAAUAACCCAUCAUAAUCGAACUUGUAAGUUGAUGUGUUCCUAUGAUUUCAAACCGUAUAUGGUGAUAAACACAAAAAUAUAGUCCAACAUACACAAGUCUAUUUCUCUACAAGUUUCACAUUACAUGAAUGCAACUCAGUAACUAAUUAAAUAGUUGUUUUGGUAUGAGGGCGAGUAAUAUUACCUGAGUGUCAGGACGAAAAGAGGAUCUGAAUUUACAAUCCGGUGAUUGAAAAUCAAGAAAUAGCUAUUAAUUUACCACUUGACACGUUUGUUAAUUGAUAGUACUGUGUAUCCACUUAGACCUAGCUUAUCGAAGCAAGGUUAGAAUACAUAGUUUGUUAACUAGAAGUGCUCAAACCAAUGUACUACAAUUCUAUCACUGUAAUAAAUAAUUCAGUUAUUUUCAACUUAUUUUUCCUGUUUUCGAAACCAUAAAACCUGUUAUUGUCAAUAAAGUGUUUACUAGUACAUUCAUAUGACUAAUAUGAUAUUUGGUAGGUAACUUGCGGAGGCAGGUGGGGAAUAUUUCUAAUUUCAAACCACUAUCUGCUUCGAUUGCGAUGUUUUCUGCAAUGAAUAUAAAGUAAGGGAAUUUAAACAAAAAACCAAAAUAAAAUACUAGUGGUUGAAGUUAACGACUACUGCUUUAAACUGUAGUUAUGACACUUGAAUAUUGAGCUCAAUAAUUACUGGGAGCCCAUAGUCGGAGAUCUCAAACAGAAUGAACUAAAAUCGACCUCAUAAGCCUAUUAAUCUUCCGUCUUGCAACACUUUUGGAUCAUUUUAUUAAUUAUUUUCCCUAUUUCCUCAUGACUUUCAAGUUUUGGUGACUUUAGUCUUUCCGUUAACUUUUACUCUGGAAUAUUUAGGUAUCUAGAACUGUAUAUUCGACUCGUUUAUUAUCUCCUCGGGUUUCGCUUUCAACCUCUCAUCUGCUCUCAGUCCAUACGUUUAGAACAAUGGGUGGAACAUUUUCGAAAACAGUUCAGUUGGCCUUCAGCUACUCUACAAUCACCCUCCAUCCCAAGACAGUGUGAAUGGAACAUUGAAGUAGGUCCCCCAAUUCUAGCAGAAGUCCAGAAGGCUAUAGUUAAUCUGAAACGAGGAAGAGCAACUGGUAGUGAUGGAUUGGCUCCAGAUGUCUUGAAGUAUGGUGGUCAAAUUUUAGCGAUCAGGUUGACUAAUGUUUUAGCUCAAAUCUGGGAAUUGAAUGUAAUCCCAUCUGAGUGGUCACAAUCACUGAUCGUCCCAAUAUAUAAGAGAGGGUUAAAAUCAUCCUGUGACAACCAUAGAGGGAUUAGUUUAACUAAUAUAGUAUCUAAAAUACUAGCCUCGAUCAUUAUCAGACGCCUAACUAAGACUCGUGAACUGCGAACACGAGGGAAUCAAGCUGGCUUCAGACGUGGUCGUGGCUGCAUCGACCACAUAUUCACCAUUCGUCAGUUUCUAGAACACAGGCAUACUUAUCGGCAGUAUCUGUCAUUGAAAGGCGUACCUCAGAAGUACAUAAACCUUGUGAAGGCUCUUUACUCGAACACUGCUAGUCAAGUGAGAGCUUAUGGCGAACUGUCAUCUGCUUUUGUAACCUCAAGUGUGUCCGUCAAGGCUAUCCACUUUCUCCAUUUUUAUUUAACUUCAUCAUAGACCUACUGAUGGAAAUAACACUCUCGUCGACUGAAUUCUCGGGUAUUGAUCUCCUUCCAGGAGGUCCACUUAUCGACUUAGAAUACGCAGAUGAUAUAGUCCUGUUUGGUGAAGGCGCUGAUAGAAUGCAGAGUCUUUUGUAGCACUAAGCAACAAUGCCAGGAUGUUUGGAAUGCGCUUCUCUCCCUCUAAAUGCAAGUUGUCGCUUCAGGACUGGUCUGCGUCAACACCUGAACUAAGGAUAAGGAGUGAAGUAAUCGAACGCGCUGACAACUUCACUUAUGUUGGAAGUCUGAUCAGCCCUAAUGUCGUUUGGCUUUUGCCAACUUACGUCACCUAUGACGAAAGCGAGAUAUCUGUCUAUCAAUUAAGUAAUGGACUAGUAUACUGCUCAGCAGUUCAUUAUGUUCUACCUUACGGCUGCGAAACGUGGCCAUUAAGAGUAGAAGAUACUCGUAAGCCACUAGUAUCUGACCAUAGAUGCCUUAGAAAUAUUGCUCGUAUCUGCUGGUUUCACCGGGUAAGUAAUAGUGAGGUUAGACGCAGGGUAUUAGGGAACGAUGGUAAAUCAGUUGAUGAGGUUGUGAAUCUUCAUCGACUGAGAUGGUUGGGCCACGUGGUACGUAUACCUGAACAUCGAUUACCACGAAGUGCAAUCCUAACCGGCGUUGGGGAUGGUUGGAAUAAAGUUAGGGGCGGCCAAACUGAAACGUGGCAUCAGUCAGUGAAGUUACUAACUUCCGGUCUGAGGCAUGUUGGUAGAUGCAGACUAGUUGGUUGGGGUCCGCGUGACUAUCGUAACCAAUGGUUGGAGACUCUUGGUGACAUGGCUCAGAAUCGAUCACAAUGGCGUAGGUGUAUACACUCUCUAUCUUCCCUUAAACUAUGAGAUUAAAAUUGCUUCAUAUCUUUCUUUCUAUGAACUAAUUCUUUCUUCCUGUACUAUAUCCUUAUUGCAAUCUUUCUUUUAUAUAUUACCACCUCUGAAUUAACUACUUUUACGAAUGCGGUGUCCAUCUUGUUGUGUUAAUGAGGUAUGGCAACUUGGACCGAUGCAUAAAUGUGCCUGGUCCUACGUUGUAGCUGACUGACUGACUGACACUUUUUACUCAAUCUUAUUCUCAAACCAUAUUUGAUAUGUUUGGUUUUCUUUACUAUUGUAAAUAUUACCAUUACUUUCAUUUGUUUGCUUUACAUUUUGUUAAUUUCCUUUCUUCUUGCUUAUGUGUUAUGUCAGUUUGAACCAGUGAGCAUUUAUGUCAGGUCAAAUGUGAUAGAAUGCCCCAAUUUUAUGACAUUUUAACCAAUAAAGACAAGUAAUUUACGUCUUGAUACCUUAAGAACCAAGUUUUGUUUAAAUUACAUUGAAAUACAAUUUCAUAUAAUUUUUCCAUCUUUUGAUCACCUACUUAAAAACCUGUUCUUGAUAAGUUCAUUGUUUCAAGUGACCAAUAACUACUCAUGCUGUGAAGUUCGUCUACCAACAUGGCCUUAAUAUUAAGCUAUAUACUAAUUAUCAGUCUUGGUGUACGUAACAAUAAAGGUUAUUAAACCUUUUGUACUUCAUUACAUUAAACUCAGCUUCAUUUUAUCUAAACUGCGAUUAGAAUAAAAUCAUACAAAGGAUCCAUGCAAUUAAAUUUUAGAACAAACUUAGCUAGCAAGUCAUAAAACCUCACGAUUAAAGUGAAACCAUGGCAAAUUUAGAACUUAGACGAUUAGUUCAGAGUAUUAAAUACCAAACUGACGAUCCAUUCACAUCACUAGUUCGAUUCUAGCAGGUUUGCGUUUUCGCCACUUAUCACUCAUAUAAUACAUAUCAAAAUUUGUUACUUAGUCAUGUUCAUCGAGUGAUAUUAGUUGACAUCAGUACUACAUAUUUCGUGGCCUGGUUUUAAUUUCGCACCAGUUUGAAUUUGUCGUGAACCUUUAAUAAUCAUAUUUUUAGCUAAAAAUACGUUUCAAUUCUUCAAAUAGUCCUACAGAUAAACCUCUAAAGAAUAUUCACAUAAUUUUUUCAAUGAUUAUCACUGUCAAAAGUUAUCUUUUUCAUUUAGUUAAAACCAGUUGUAUCUCGACAAGUAGAAUGGACCAAAAAAGACAUAAUGCCCGAAGGAACAUCCUGGGUAGAUUUAAUAAAUUUUGGCAUCGCCAGGACCAAAUACGCAACGGAUUGUAUUGGAAUUUUAUUAAGAGAGAUGCGUCUACUAUCAUCUACUCCUGAUGGCCCUCCUUGUUUAUUGGUCAUCGAUGGUGUAAAUUUCCUGUGGUGUCGCGGUACUUUAUUAAAGGAUAAAACUCUUUCGGUUAAUGUUACUACUGAUCGGUUGGCAAUUGUACAUCAUUUGAAACGUGCACUGAGGGGAGACUGGCGUCAUGGUGUCAUAGUUACCUCUACAAAUAUUCGGGCGGCUUGGCCUACAGAUAGGGAACAAUAUACUCCUGGACUCAUCCACUUGGCUAUGAACCGUAUUCUAAUCGUGAGGGUUAGUGAUAUUGUGGUGUGCGUUGCUAAUGUCGACAGAUAUAAGUAGUGUGUAUCAUGAAUCGAAAGUGAAAUGCCUGGCGGCAGAGGCUUAAGAAGAUCGAAGAAAAGAGAACGAGAAGAUAGGAUGAUUGGUGCGGCAACGAAAGAACAUUCAAGUGUUAGACGAUUGGUUGACAUUUUGCAAAUGAAGUAUUUACUAUAUGGUUCUCAGAUUUUACUAAGACGUUCUGUAAUUUUGUACUCAAAUACAUUCAAUUGUCCCCAAUUGUGUUCUCGUUCACUACAAUACUACCGAGCUAUCCAAAAAGAAGUAGGUGUAGUGGAGUUCGAACCUCCAACAAAGUAUUUAAAAGUCGAACCAGUGAACUGCCUCUUCAGUAGGUCAAUUCAGUUAGCCGGUAUUAGAAUAGAAACUAUAAAGUAGUAACCUCAAGUCUCAAUAUAUAAUAAAUUGAAUUGGUUUAUAACUAAACUUGAUCUACUGCCUAGGAAAAUUCACAGUGGAAUAUAUGUUUGAUAAUACCAUUUACACUGCUUCACACGACUGACAGCAACGUCACAUCUUUCAGUGUAUGAAGAUACGAACAUAGAGAGGCAAUGAUUUCCUGUUUACCCAUUUCUUUGUUUGAAUUUCUAAUCAUUUUGAUAAUACCAAGUAUAUAAGAGUUUGUUCCUCUACAUUUGUAACUAUUUGGGGUGUUAGUUAUACGAAUGAAUGAUUACUAAUUCCUAGUAAGUCUUGCCUUGUUUUAGUGACCAUUGUACUAGCAGUUAUCUUUAUUUUAAUUAAAAUAUGCAAGUGAAACCGAAUCUUUUCGUAUCUGUUAGACACUUUUUGAACCAUAAACUUUUUUAGCGACUUCAUUUAUUUUCUACAAUCUUACAUUAAUGACCAGUUUUUACACCCAGUUGAUAAUACAUUAAAAUCAAAUAUUAUAGUUUCUGAUGUCUUCACGAGAACAGACUUCAGAUGUGUUUUUCGUGAUAUAUUUUCGUUAUAUCCGAUGAGAAUAAUGAAUAAUAACUUUUCGGAUCCGUUUAUAGACUAAUACUAUACGUAUAUUCUUAUUGUAUAAUCGAUAAAGAACUAAACUAUUCAUAUUCGUGUUCCUCUUAUCAUAAGCUUUAUUUUGACCUAUGAACUACUAUUAUACAAUUUACCAUUCUUGAGUUAUGCCCAGUCUAUCAAUUACUAUCUCCCUUAUUCACGGCCACAUUUGGCUAAAUCUUGUACAAAUGUUGUUUCCUAUUUUAUGGUACGAUGUGAUCUAUUUGGUUCGUAUGUAAACCCAGUUUGUUUGAAAUACAAGAUUCAUAUCGCAGAGGCUGAGAUUGGUGUUUAAAUGUUUAUCAUACACAUAUACGGUUGAUUGACGAGAUAUAGAAAGCAUUGAUUCAGUACUACUGCACAUUAGACCGAGAACUUAUCUUUUAUUAGGCCUUAACAAGACCUGUGUUUAUUUAAGUCAAAUAUUACUUGGUGAAUUAUUUUGUCCAUCACAGUAUUAUUUAGUUAGAAAGUUGUUGAUGAAAAACGUGUCAAUCUUAACCAGACAAAUUUUUUUGAUCAGCAUUUGGGAUAAUUAUUAAUCACCUGUUUUAUUUCAAAUGUAAAUCGGUUGAAAUUGUAUUACUUUAAAACACUACAAUAAGAAAAUAACAAUAGAAGUAAUUAAGUAUUAUUGUAGUAAAUUAAGGAGAAAAUGAAAUGGAUACCAAAUAGGCGUAAAAAAUAUGUUUAGAAUUUAUAAAGGCAUUGAUUAGAUUAAUCUGAAUCAAUGCUUGGAGUUUUAAAUUAUAUCCGUUAUUAUUAUCAUCAUAUCCGAUUUUCGUUGUUAAGUGAUCUGAGGUAGCAGUCUACACUUGGACUCGUUAUUGGAGCCCAGACAUGAAAAACUAAAAUUUAAACAGAUAGUUGGAAUAUUGACUGGAAAUGAAACAUGAACUAAACAUUGAAUAGAAAAUGUCGCUUGAUCGAUUUUAGGUUAUUAUCUUUAAUAUAUAAGUUGUAUCAAUAACAAAUCUAGCUAGACGCAUCAUAGGGAUUCAUAGAAAUUUUGGUUCAUAAACUUGCAAAUACUUAAUAUAUUUGUAAUAUCCCAAUGAGUAGAAAGAUUAGGUUUUCUGACGUUUCAUGACUUAGUGUAAGCCGCUUCUUCAGAGAAUAAAUAACCAAAUUAAAAUUAAUCCAAGUUUAAAUAGUACAACGGAACAACAAUAAUAUUAUGUAAUCAAUCAAAAUACAGGUCUGAACAAAUCAAUGUCAUGUCAUUUCGGUCAAGGUUAAACUUCUGAGGAGUCCCAAAAUAGGACGAAACGGCCGUCCAGUGCUUCCAGGUUUUCCAUUGUGGUCUAGCUUCAACUGACUCAUGAUCUUAACCAUUGAAAUAAUUAUCAAAUCAUAGGAAGUAUUGUGUUAGAAUGAAGAUUUAUAUUACCAAAUACCAAUGUAUUUUAUCAUAAUUAUAAAUUACUUAUCCUAUAAAAAAUAACUCUCGAGAAUAAUUAUGAAGGUCACAAAACAGCCAAUGUGUUAGGGUUUGUACCCAUCAUACAAAAAAUUCGACCGUAUUACUAGCUCAACAAGAAACGUCCUCUUCAGCUACAAUUCGUUAUCAUCUCAAUGCAUAUACAGAUUGAAGCAAUACUAACAACAUGGCCAAACUAGUACUGUACAGCAAGUAAAUUGUCAGUUAGUUUGCAUGAUUCUCAAGAACUCACAUAUGAUAAAACCAUGAGUGAAAUUUGUCAGUUUAUUUCACUCAUUGAAUUCCUCAGCAUUCAAAUACUGAUGUCUUUUAUUCAACCCCGGAUUCUAUUACAAACCUGAAAAUAUUGAAAGAAGUUGGACUUAGUGGUUUAUUUCCUAACUUUUUAGGAAUAGUGGCUUCGAAUUACUAGUUUAAUAAGUGGAAUUACUUAAUUGAGUAAGAAAAUAAAGACUCCAUCUACAAACAGCUCGGUUCUUAGUCACUUUAAUGUAUCAAGAAGGUUAGGAGAAUCAAUCUUAAUAUUAUAGUUCUAAGUUUGAUAGUAAUUCACUGCUGAACUAGAAUUCAAAAAUAACAAACACUUAAUAAUCACUAGUUCUUGAGAUGUUCGAAUAAAUGUGUUUCAGUCAUUCCUUCAUCUCUCACGUUUUGAAACACAUAUACUUGGCCGAUAUAGAAUAGACAACCUUUAGGUUUGAAUACAAAAUUAUAUGGGAAAUUAUCUUUAAAAGCAAUUCAUUUAAAUUUAUAUUUGUAUAGAGAGUUGUGAAUAGUUGAUAACUGGAGUGAUACCAAUAAAGCGGAUUUUACGAAGUGUUGUAUGUUAACAUUCUUUUUCCAUUUUGUUAUUAGCAUACUCGUAUAGGCUGCUCUGUUUACCUCCGACGUUUAGCUAUAUUCACUGUGAUAUAACCCACCCUUGUUAAACACUGGGACACAUUAAAGUACAACAGUAAGAUUUCGUAUAGCUAAGAUAAAAAUACUUUUCAAUUGUUCAUGAUUUUCUAACUAUUGUCUUGUCAGCUUUUGCUUGUCAAUAUUUUAAAAAGAAUGAGGAAUGAUACAUAAGUUCAGAGAUCUCCUCUGUUUGUUCUUUGUGUUGAUAUAAAAUGGGGUCAUUUUAAAACUACUAACAAUUAUAAGAAGACAGAAGCACUUUUUAUUGAAUUAUUAAUGCAAUUAGAUAAGAUAUUGAGAAUAAAGAUAGUACGUUGGUAUUUUUACUUUAAUUUUUCAUGUGUCAAUUAUACGCAGAACUAUUAAGAGUAUUAUAGUAAUAUGCCUUACAAAAUAUCCUAAUGAUGUUUUUUAUCUUUUUCUUAAAUAAAAUAAUAUCCAGUUAUCUAUUGGGGAAAUCCGGUUUCGAAUAUAUGGAUCCAUUCAUUCCUGUUCACGUUGAAAAUUACACCCCAACAGAAAUUAAUGCCUUAUUAAGAUUUUAUGCAGAGAAUAAUUGGCUUACAAAUCCCGCCGCUUUUACACCAAACGGACAAGCUGAAUUAAUAUUUUUGUCUGAUUACAAUCCUCUGGAACUUAGCCGUUUAGCUGCUGAAUGGUAGACUAAUUGUAUCCUUAGAAUAUUAACUGAGUUGAAAAUUAUUAACCUUUUGUCUGUAUAUUUAAAAGACUAAAUAACAGUAAUCUCUGUCCUCUUUUAAAUUGGAUAUUGUAAAUAUCAGUGAAAUAAUCCUUUAAAUCUUUUGUACAGUUUCAGCUUUCUGAUAUUUAGCAAAAAAAAUAAAGUAUUUUGAUGCGACAUAUUUGUUCUCAUUGUAUUCGUUUAUUCAGCUAAAUAAAAAUUGACAUUAAUUUUUUUUAUUGACUAAAUAAAUUCUUUUCACAUGCAGUUUAGGUAAUCCAAGAAAUUCUUGCGAAUUUCCAGUCGGUGUUAAUCUUAGUUACCUACUUUCUAUGUUUUCCAUGCAAUUCCAGGAAUGCGUGUCUCUGCUGUGUGGUUGUUAGCGUUAACCUGAUUCUAUUUAUGUUUGCAACCUAAUGCUCAUUAAUGACCGACCGGUCAAAAGCCUCAAUAUGAUCCUGUAAUCUUUGCAGUAAGCCAAGCGAUAGUCCAAAUUAAACCAAAACUUGAAUCGGGUUAAAAAUAUCAGCCUUUCGGUCAUCCAAAACAGACACUCACUUGUCUUUUUGGUAGUUUUGUUCUCUGUGCUGGAUGGUUUGGUCGUGGAGCUUUCAUCGUUCUUCCGAACGACAUCAUCAGUGUUCGAAUUUCUCCAUAUGUGUUUCACAGCUUGUUCUGUACACCUCUAUGUUGAUUGGUUCUUACUAACCUUAAAUUUGUCAUCGUUUACUUCUUUGUUUUGCUUGUGUCUCCCAUUGGUUUGAUUUUCGUCCCUAUAUUUGUGCAUAAUUUUCCUGAUUGGUUGAUAAAUUGGAUCGAUUUCAGUGUGUUUGUUGAUUGCGGAUUGACCUGAGUGCCAGGCUCCUAAAAGUUCCCUGGUGUUUCUGGAAUUUCCUCUGUCUGAGACUUCCACAUUUUUCCAAUCAAAUGAGUGUCCGCAGUUCUCCACAUGUAUUGAUAUAAGUGAGGAAGUAUCAUGGCGUUUGACUGCUAAUUGAUGUUCAUGUAGGCGAAGGUGAAGGGGGCGUCCGCUUUGUCCGAUGUAGUGUUUUUCGCCUUUUCUUCGUUGAAAAAUGUUAUAAAAGCAAGUACCCACAGGAAUUCUGAGAAUACAACAAAACGGCUAAACACCGCUCUCAGACUUUGAUAGGCAAAUAUUUUAAAAAAGAUAAAUGCCAUUUUGUUAAGCCAUAUUUUUUAUAGUACUUUCGCUUCAUGGUGAAAGGUUUUGUACAAAUUUUGAUCUGCUCUGCUAUUAUUAUUACUACUAUCAGCUUUAUUCAAUAUUAUAUUUUUGGUACAAUAUAGAAUUCUCAGCGCAAAGUAUUUCAACAAGUUUCCGUUUUUUUCUUCUUGGUUGGUCUUGGCGAUAAAUAUUGAG